AUGCCAUUGUUGCUGGCAACUACAGAUGAAUGUAAAGAGGAAGAUCGCUCUCAGCUUUGCGCUCGGACUAGGCUAGCUGCAACCAUAGCGGUUUACAAGUCGACUAGGCUACCUGCACUUGCCAGCGCCGACUUCAGUUACGAUACUGCCAAUAUCACAAUAUGGACUAGCAGUGAAGGAAAUGCAAUCAUCAUCGCCGCAUGCAUUCCAACUCUCCAGCCACUAAUUGAUCGAAUUUUCGGUCGCGGCAUAUUUGGCAGCACAAGAGGGGAGAGAGGACGAACCGGUUACGAAUCACAGGGCCAACAUGCCAUGAAGCUGAUCACAAUCGGAAGCAAAAUGUUUCGGUCAUCCAGAAGACACAUGAAGACGGAGAUCUUGGACACGACGAUAGGUCAGGAGAGCCAAGAAAGUAUUCUUAGCUUCAACCGUCGACAUGUUGAUCAUCAUAGUAAAAGGGAAGAAGACCUAGUCAUCACACAGACACAGGAGGUGUCAGUUCAAGAGGAAUCUAUGAGUAAUCAUUGGUAA